AUGCGCUCCUUCAAAUCUUGGGUCUUCCUCAUUAUUCUUUUAUGUCUUACGGACUUUGCCCGUUCAUUACCUACGCCGGCGAAAGCGGCUAAGAAAACUGUUGCCAAGAAACCCGCCGCAAUGAAAAAGCCGGCCACAGCGAAGAAACUUGCUGUACCUGUGAAGUCAGCAGCUUCCGCGAAGAAACCCGUUGCUCCGAAAAAGCCUGCAGCCCCAGUCAAGAAACCUGCAGCAAAGCAGCCCGCGGCAAAGAAGCCCACCACUCCCGCAAAGCCUACCACUGUUGUGAAGAAGCCCACUCCUGCUGCAAAGAAACCGGCCACAACCAUUAAGAAACCAACGGCUAAGCCAGUUACCCCUAUUAAAUCGGCCGCCAAUAACAGCGCUGCGAAGAAGCCACCAACUUCUCCAGUUAAACCAGUCGUCCCCGCGAAACCAGUGACUGUUAUAAAGAAGCCCGCUGCUCCAGCUAAACCAGCUACCGCCGCGAAGAAACCGGCCACAACCGCCAAGAAACCAACCACCGCCAAGCCAGCCACCCCUGCUGGGACGAAACCUGUGGCUAAUAAUGCUGGGAAGAAACCAGCAACUCCUACUGCUAAGCCAGCUUCCGGGUCGAAGAAACUCGCCACUCCUGCCAAAUCUGCCACCCCGUCCAAGGGGUCAGCCACUCCUGCAAAGCCCUCUAAUAGCGCGGCAAAGAAACCUGCCAAUUCGACUGCCAACGCAUGUCCAGCGCCGAAACCUGAUAAGGCUACAACGGCGACAAAGGCGAAGAAGAAGGCAAGGGAGUUGAUCGAAGCGGUGGUCGACCUAUUCAGGAGAGAUACGUUCGAGUUUGUUGGGUUCCAUGGUACCAAUGGGGAGAAUGGUAAUAUCUACAUGAACGCGGCGAAGACGAAAGGCACGAUCGUUACUCCAUUCAAGUUCAACGGAAAUGACGGAGAACUCGGUGGUGGACUGUAUAUCACCGACGAUUUCACCACAGCUCACAGUUUCGCAGACACUUCUGCCAAUAACCGUAAAGCCGACGCAAAGAAGAAGGGAUGUCCUUUACAAGCCACCGAUGAUGCCGGGAAGGGUGUCGUUUGCAAAGUUGAGGCCAAGUCGUCAUCCAAUUUCCGCAAUCUCGCGAAACUGUGGAUUCCGCCCGAUGAGAUUGCAAGGCCUAUACCUGGGAUCGGAAAUGAUCCUAAGAAGCUCGCUCAACAGGAAACACGUAUUCGCGGUGCUGGAGCUAAUCCAUUUAAUGCUCUCCGCUUCUCUGUCUUGAGCAAAGCUAAUCCAAAGGACCCGAAGAUUGGAAAUCAGUUCAUGUUACCCCCCGGUGCCUUUGGUGACUUUAUAAUCAGGCAAUGCGUACCUACCACUGCUGGCAAGCCAUCUGGUACCAAAGAGUUCCCGGCGUUCAACUUUCGAAACCAGGAUGCUGACUGGAACAUUGCUGGAGAUCCUUUCGGUGAAUUAGACUCGACUCAGGAGGGUGAUAUUACGGAUGCAAACAAACCAAGACCGUGA